UUAUCAUUUCGUUGGAAAAAAAAGCUGGUUGGUGAGGUUUUGGAAUUUGGAUCUUGCUCGCGACUUCAGAGUUGAAACACCACCACACCAGUCUACUAUUCUACCAUAUCCGCCGUAGGGUUUUGAGGUUUUCUCCUAAACCUGACCAAAAAUUCAUCAUCUAUAACAAAAUUUUGUUCAGUUGAUCGUUCACAGGUCUACUCAUCGACCAUGGUUGGAAAAGUAGACGCCGCGAAGGGAGGUGCGAAGUCUUUGCAGUCGCCGGCGUCCAAUCAAGCUUCCUCCAAGCCCGAUCUGUCAUCCAUGUCCACAACAUUCUCAUUCAAAACCCUAAAACUGAAAACGAAGCAACAAGAGCUGUUGAUCCGAGUCACAAUCCUCGGCCUCGUCUACAUUUUAGCUUUCAUCACUCGUCUCUUCAGCGUUCUCCGCUACGAGAGUAUGAUUCAUGAAUUUGAUCCUUAUUUCAACUAUCGAACUACUCUCUACCUAACCGAAAAAGGUUUCUACGAGUUCUGGAACUGGUUUGACUCCGAGAGUUGGUAUCCGCUUGGCCGAAUCAUUGGUGGAACUCUCUAUCCAGGUCUUAUGGUCACCGCCGCUAUCCUUUACUGGACUCUCAAAUUUCUCCGAUUCGCGGUUCAUAUUCGCGAGAUCUGUGUGCUAACUGCUCCAUUUUUCGCUUCCAACACAACGAUCGUCGCGUAUUUCUUCGGGAAAGAGCUGUGGGACUCAGGUGCAGGUCUAGUUGCGGCGGCCUUGAUCGCUAUUUGUCCUGGAUACAUUUCGAGGUCGGUGGCUGGGUCUUAUGACAAUGAAGGCGUUGCCAUUUUUGCUCUGUUGCUUACUUUCUACUUGUUCGUUAAGGCUGUCAAUACUGGAUCGCUUGCCUGGUCUCUCGCUUCAGCUUUUGGAUACUUCUACAUGGUCUCCGCAUGGGGUGGUUAUGUGUUUAUCAUCAAUUUAAUUCCAUUAUAUGUGUUGGUCCUAUUGAUCACCGGGAGGUAUUCCAUGAGGUUGUAUGUCGCUUAUAAUUGUAUGUAUAUAGUCGGAAUGUUGCUAGCAAUGCAGAUUCGGUUUGUUGGGUUUCAACAUGUUCAGUCAGGGGAACAUAUGGCUGCCAUGGGAGUGUUCUUCUUGAUUCAGGUAUUCUACUUCCUACUUUACGUGAAGCACAUGUUGAAUGAUACAAAGCUGUUUCAAGCCCUUUUGAGGAUCGGUGUAACAUCAGCAGUAGCUGUGGGUGCUAUUGCACUUGGAGUAGGAACAGCUUCUGGUUAUAUCUCACCAUGGACAGGCCGGUUUUACUCUUUACUGGAUCCAACAUAUGCUAAAGAUCAUAUUCCAAUUAUAGCAUCAGUCUCUGAGCAUCAGCCUACUGCAUGGUCAUCUUUCAUGUUUGAUUUCCACAUUCUUCUUUUCCUAUUUCCAGCGGGUUUAUACUUCUGCUUCAAGAGAUUAUCAGAUGCCACAAUCUUCAUUGUGAUGUAUGGUCUCACGAGUAUGUAUUUUGCUGGUGUGAUGGUUCGAUUGAUUCUUGUGGCAACACCUGCAGUAUGCCUCAUAAGUGCUAUUGCAGUAUCUGCUACAAUAAAGAAUUUGACCCAAGCCAUUAGAGGAAAAACCAGUCAAACAGUAUCUUCUAAGGGAACAGGAAGCACAAAGGGAUUAUCUAAGCAACAAGCUUCUCUUGACCAAAGUAUCCCAUUCCUUAAAAAUGGUGCAACUGCAUUACUUCUUGGAGCAUUCUACUUACUAAGCAGAUACGCAAUCCAUUGCACAUGGGUGACAUCAGAAGCCUACUCAUCUCCUUCAAUUGUGUUAGCUGCCCGAGGUGCCCAUGGGCAGAGGAUUAUCUUUGAUGAUUAUCGUGAAGCAUACUUUUGGAUUAGACAAAAUACUCCUUCAGAUGCUAAAAUCAUGUCAUGGUGGGAUUAUGGGUAUCAAAUCACAGCCAUGGGGAAUAGAACUGUGAUUGUGGACAAUAAUACAUGGAACAAUACACACAUUGCUACAGUUGGAAGGGCAAUGUCGUCAUAUGAAGACGAAGCUUAUGAGAUUAUGAGAUCACUUGAUGUGGAUUAUGUGUUGGUUGUUUUUGGUGGUGUUACUGGCUACUCUUCUGAUGACAUUAACAAGUUUUUGUGGAUGGUGAGAAUUGGAGGUGGAGUUUUCCCUGUGAUCAAGGAACCUGAUUAUCUUGUUAAUGGUGAAUAUCGUGUUGAUAAAGGAGCAGCUCCCAAGAUGUUGAAUUGUCUAAUGUACAAGCUUUGCUAUUAUCGGUUUGGAGAGCUCACAACUGAGUAUGGAAAACCACCAGGGUAUGACAGAGCACGGGGGGUUGAAAUAGGGAAUAAAGACGUGAAACUUGAAUACUUGGAAGAAGCAUUCACAACAUCAAAUUGGAUUGUUAGGAUUUACAAAGUUAAGCCACCUACCAACAGAUGGUAACUAACUAAGAAAGACCAGAGCUUUACUUUACUACAACAUAUGGAUAUGAUGAUGAUACUUAUAAUUUAUCAAUCAGACUUUUUUUUUUUUUUAGUGGUGGU